CUGUAGGGGCCGCUAUGGCGCUGAGCCGGCUCGGCGCGCUGGGCCGCUCUUUCCCGCAGGCGGAGACGAGGCGGAGCGGAGAGGGCGCGCCCAGUAGGUGACCUCGGGCAGGUGUUCCGCGGCGGCGGGUGACCGGUGGCGGCGAGGCCGCGGGCUGCCUGCGGGAACAGGACGGCCACCCCACCCGCGUGCUGGUCUCAGGCCUUGGAGGGCUCGGCCGCCCUGCGAGCCUUACUCCCAGGUGGACUUUGCAAAACAAGUAAACCAAGACUGAUGAUUACUCUGUUCUGCUGAAUGCAUCUUGGACGGAAAAGGUAAUAAAUCAUCAUUAGUCAAGAUGUCUUCAGCACCUGAGUCUCCCGGCUUUAAAAAGGAACCACCCCAAGAGAAAGACUUUCAAAACCCAGGGCUCAGAGGGGUCCGCACAACAACCUUAUUUCGGGCUGUGAAUCCAGAGCUCUUCAUUAAACCCAACAAACCUGUAAUGGCUUUUGGACUGAUAACCCUUUCCCUUUGCGUGGCUUAUAUUGGUUAUCUACAUGCAGUGCAAGAGAAUACUAAGGAUCUCUACGAAGCUAUCGAUAGCGAGGGACACAGUUAUAUGAGGAGGAAAACAUCUAAAUGGGAUUAACAGUGCUGGAUACUGCAGAUGGAGCUUUGUUAAAGGCUCUGAAAUCUUCGAAUGAAUGACUUUGUGAGUGCACAGUAGCGUGCUUCUUGUUCUAGAAUGUGUUGAUGAGGAAGGAAGGUAGCAAUUGCAAACUGGGCCACUGCAGUACAUCCCAUCCUGCAGCCCUUCCCGCCUCCUUUGUGCACAGCAAGAGCUUCUCAGUAUUUUUCUUUCAUUAAGUCCUCACACGAAAGUGCCGUAAGAACGGAAGUCGGUUUUGCUAAUUAAGUUCUAUAUAAUAAAAGUACCUGGUGCUGUUAAA